ACCGAUGCCUAAUCCACCACCGCAGAUCAUCACAACUACUCAUGAGCAGAAAUUACCUCUGCCUGUCCAGCCACAGGAUGUCCGGAGCAGGAACAGUGAACACGGUGCUCACUUGCAGAGGCAAGGGCAAUUACUCAGUCAUGUCCACUUUGAGGAUGAGUCAAAGAAAGAGACAGAGUGUCACUAUGUAGAUAAAGUUUGUAAGCGUAAACUGGGGUUGAUGGACAGUUCACUAUUCAACCAGCAAAUAAAGACACAACUGCCUAUCCUAGUCCCACAAGGGAGCAAAGAUUUAGGAUCAAGCCAUGGAAAUGUAGAUAUCCCUUUGGCCAUUCUGACUAAUCAAGGAGAGCCCUCUCUGAAGCCUGAGAAAUGUGAAGCUUGUGGGAGCAUACUGACACCUAGUUAUCCCAAAGAACCUAGGCAAAAUGCAGAGGGACAAAGAAGCUCAGGUAAUCAGUUAGUCACAUCUGGUCAAUCAAGUCAUCAAAUCAUUCAACCAAAACUUUUAAAAGGUACUUUGUUGUCUGGAAGUUCCAGCCUGGAUGAGAAUACUGAGGCUGCAGGACCAAGUGAUGCUGGAGAGAGAGUAUCAGCUUUCGGCAAGCUCCGCAGGCGGAGUCGCAAAGGGGAAAACAGAGUCGAGACGAGUCACGGCCCUUAUGCUCGUGGUCAAGAUCUCUUGGCACAACGUAGGAAUUCUAGGACCAGAUCCAGUCUGGAGGAGGUGGCUGGGCCUCGUUCCAAACCUGCACGAGGUGUUACUUUUGCUAUUGAUUCCUGUAUCCCAACAGCAACAAGCUCCAGAAACUAUAGGGAUCCUUCCGGGAUACAGCUGCCCAUCAAAUCAGCUUUGAAGUCUGGUUCCAAGAGCAGGCCAAUAGAGCAACAAGGGGUGAAGAGCCUGCCUUCAGUUCAGGAAGUGGAAAGAAGUCCUCACUAUGCUGUUUCUACCCCUCAGGACCUUGGUGCACCUUCUCAGGUUUCACAGGUCUCCUCAGGACUCACUCCUUGUAUUAAACCAUCCUCUCUCAGAUACUCCUCACCUGUGGGAACUCCAGUAAAGCCAGUGGAUGCCCUUUCACCAAGCGAAGAUUCCACCUGUGCUGCAUCUCGUCCACCGGAAUGUAGACCGAUUGUCAGAGGUGCGGCCAUCUCGAAGACUGAAGACUUGAGAGCAGAACUUCUGAGAUCAGAACAUCGCAAAGCUGAAUUACAGUGGGACGAAAAUUUCGGUGCAUCAAGGUAUGUUUAUUUAUCCCAACAGUAG